CGUGGCGGCAGGAAUGCGGAGAGUGGCGCUAGCAGCCGGGCCAAGUCGGCAGUGCAGAGCCUCUCUUCUGCGCGCGUGCUCUGGCUGCACUGCACUCGACCACCGCCGUGUCUAGUCACUCGCUAGACGUCAGCGUGAAGAUGUUCUCGGACCCCGCCACGUCGCUGUACUGGCCGCCCGAUGUGGCGCGCUACAACAUGGAGACGCUGCUGUUCUCGUCGUCGGGCUGGCUGCGCACGGCGUGCGUCGUGUGCGCCCUGUUCUGGGUCGCCUUCCGCGCCUACCAGGUCCUCUCGCAGCCCGUCGAGAAGCUCGUCCAGGUGCUCGGCCUUGAAGUCCCCGUUGCCCCGCUCGUCUCGCUCGCUGGAAUAAAGGCCGACGGCGUAUCGCUGCACUGGAAGCCGCCCGACCAGCGCGCCUCGGUCCUGAAGUACGUCGUCAGGAUCAACGGCAUCGACGUCGGCGACAUUGCCCCCCAAGAGACGUCCAUCACCAUCGAGAACCUGCAGCCCGACCACCACUACACCGUGCGCAUUGUCACCCUCAACUCGUCAAACUUCCAGGCCCCGAGUGUACCCAUCCGCCUGCGCACCCUGCCCGCCGAAUCCGACCAGUACCACAACCCGCCGACCCACAAAGACGCCCAGCCCACCACGAACAAUGACGGCUCCAAUCCCGCGCCUGUCGUCCGAUCCAACAAGAGCCUCGUCGAUGUCGUCACGCCCUUUGUCGCGCCCGUCAUGACGCGCGAACACAGCAACAGCACGGCAUCCCGGCUGAGACGCCCUGAGACAGGCAGACGGAAUUCGCCCGCGUCGCAAACGGCAGACCAGGCGCGCUCGGCCCAAGAAGCCCACGACUCCACCGACUCGAUACGCCAGCUGACGGAGAAGCUCGAUUGUCUCCGUCGCGAGCUCGACGACAUGCAGCGGCAGAUGGAGGACGAAGAUCAGGAAUUUGUCACCCAAAAGGCAAUCUUGGCGGACAAGCGCGACGACAAGAAGAUGGCGCUCAAGGAGAAGGAGGAUGCCAGUCGCGAUCUGAGAAAGGAAGUCGCCACGCUCGAACGUCAGAACGCUUCCGCCCAAGCCAGACGAACCCAGCAGGAGAAACUACUACGCCAGAAAGAAGCCGAGCGCAAGAAGCUCAAGGACGACGUGGCCAAGUGGACGCGCGAGGCGGGCGAGUUAAGGGACGCCGCAGAGAAGAUCAAGCAAGAGCGCGUCGAAUGCGAGUCUGCAUCGGAAAAGCGCAUCGAGGCUGUCAAGGUUCGCCAUGCCGACGAAAUUCAGGAAAACAAGGUUUUGGAAGAAACUAUCCGCGAAAAGGGCAUCCAAAUCAAGGAGCUGGAAGAGGAGAGGCAGACGCUGGAGGAGGGUCAGGAAGGGGGAGACGCACACGACGAGAAUGCUGAGCGGGACGAGGACAACCGUUGGAAAAUGGCCUUGAACCUCCUGCAGCAACAAUACGCCCAGGCCUGGCAGCUCUACAACGAAGCCGAACGCGCAAACCACGAGGCCUCGACCAGACUCCAGUACCUGCAGCAGCGUCGCAUGAGCCAGCCGCACCUUUUCACCGGACCUCCCGUCCCUGACAUGGGUCCAUCACGAAGACACAGCCAGCAAAACCACUCUAUCGGAAUGCGUGAAGGACUGCACUCUUCCACACCCAUUGGAUUUGUGCACUCCUCGGCUGCCCCUUUCAACAGCCUCGUCGCGACGUCGUCACCCUCCUAUCCCUCUGUUACUCCCUACUUCAAUCCUGUCAACGGCAUGGCCCUGCCUCCCCGUGGUCACAUGCACAUGCCUUCGAUUUCUCAGGCAGAUCUUGAGAGCUUGACGGGCGGAGCACCCAUGAGCCCAACUGCUGGUGCUCUGUUGCCUGCAGGCCUGUUUGGAGACGAUCUGGGCAUGACAGACGCUGAAGACGACGAUGACCCACCACUACCACAACCAUCUUCACUCGACCCCUCGCCGCAUCUACGAAGUGUCCUGCCUGGUUUGGGCGCUCCAGAGACUAUAGACCGUGCGCAGGAUUCAAACUCCCCGGCCUCCCCUCAAAGCCCGCCCAGAAGUGCAUUUGCUAGUCCGCGGGAGAGUGCUGGGGAAUUGCAGUACUACCCCAACAACGACAACAACAUGGACAGCGAUAGGCGCUCUAUCCGCUCCACGUCCAGCUCCUUCAUGCUCAACCCACAGGCUAGUCGAUUUGGCAACUUGUUCGGAUUGAACAGGCAACGCGGUAAGACGUUUUCAGAUGGACCAGCUUUGGGUUCAUUGAAGUUGGCUCAGAGCCAAUCCCUACCCCGACAAGAGCACGAUCUAGACCCCAUUGGAUCAUCUCGACGACGAGGAAGCCACUCCGAAGGCGCGUGGUACGAUGCAUUCAUGCGGACCAAAACAAUGCCCGUAGAAUCCUCCAGCAGCCCGCAACACAUCACGACGCGAAAGCGGCCGUUCAACAUGUUCGGCGCCAAAGGCGACCCAUGGCUAUCUUCCGUCCUAGGAUCCGAGCGCCCGUCCUCCCCGCGCCAAGGCUCCACCCAGUCCGGCGAAAGCUUCGCCCUCCCCCGCCCCUCCACGGAAAGCCAAACCCGCUUCGGUUGGUCCGUCGACGCGUUCGGCGCCCGCAGCAGCCCGCUCGGCGUCGACUGGAGCAUCAACAACACCAACACGACGUCGUGGUCGCGCAUGCCCUCGCGCCGUCCAUCUAUUCAGCACGGCUCGUCGACGAAUCUGAUCCACGACGACCUCCUGCAAAACGACGUCCUGGACUUCCCUUCCAAUGUUCGCUCCCCAAUGCAGGCCCCCAUCGGCACCCGCCCCCAAUCCUCAGCCUCUCAUAUGCCCUCCGCCUCCAUAGACCCAAUGCCCACUAUCCCCCCCCCCCCCCCGAAACAACUCAACCCCGCCGCCGCAACAUUCACCUUCGCCUUCCCCAUGGGCAAGAAAACCGACGAGGACAAAGCCGAGAAGGCAAAACGCGCAGCCGACCGCGCCGCGGAAAAAGAAGCCAAGAAAGCGGAAAAAGCCGAGAAGAAGGAAGAAAAAGAAAAGAAAGCCAAACUCGAUAAAGCGGAAAAGGCCGCGCGCAAAGCAGGUCAUGCGUCGGAUGAUGCGAGUUUCAGCUUUACAUUCAACAACGGCAGCACUAGCCCCCACGACACCUUCCCCCAUGGCCGACCAAGUCGCGACACCCCCUCCCUCCUCAGCACCGCAGAUGCAUCGGACGCCUCGCCCCGCGAAUCAGAGUCCCUCGAGCGGUCUACCUCCCUCUCUGCUUCGACACAUGAGGGUUCUGUAGGGCGCGAAUCUUUCAUGCAGAAGCUCAGCCGCAAGGGCUCGACGACGCAGUUCCUCGCGCUGGGGAAGCGGUUUGGGAAUGCGAAGAAAACGGCUGGUGGGGGGGAGGUGCCGGGGACGCCGGAUGAGGCGGAUGAGGCGCAUGGGUUUUUGGGACUGGGGAGAGGUGGUGGGGCGGAGAGUUUGGGCGCGAGUCCGGCGCUGGGGAAUAGUCCGAAUCCGAGUACCAAGUCGAGUGGCGGGUUGACGUGGAGCUCGCUUAAGAGGUUGGGGAUGGGGAAGGAGAGGGCGGAGGAGGAUGAGGGGGUUUGGAGUUAGGGGAGUGAAGCGUAGUAAAGCGUAGCAAAGCUAGUGUAAUUUGGCAG